ACGGCAGUGGACACCCACACACUCCUCCUCUCCACCCCUUCUUCCCAUCUACAUGUUCAGUGUCCUGUAACAUGACGAGCCAUGGGGAAUUUAUCCUCCCGCCCAGCCUCGGCUCCAUCUGUGACUGUGGUCCGCGUGGAGUAGACCCAGACUGUAGCCUCCACACCUGGGGAACCUCAGACAUGCUCCAUCACCCAUAGUCCACAUCAGAGCUGCUCUAACUUCAACAGAGAUCCAGAGGACAGUUGACUAUCUGCUCUAUUUCUUUGUAUAAGAACGUGAACGCCAGAGAUCACCUAGAUCACACUCUGCUUUUCCCAGAAGGCAUCCACUGAGAGACUGGGAGAUUUCACUGGAAUGACCUGAGAGAAGACAUCAUCCUUAGUCCCUCUCGAUUGUAAACAGAGAUCUACAGAGAAGACAUCCUUAGUCUCUAUUGUAAACAGAGAUCUACAGAGAAGACAUCCUUAGUCUCUAUUGUAAACAGAGAUCUACAGAGAAGACAUCCUUAGUCUCUAUUGUAAAAAGAUCUACAGACAUCAUCCUUAGUUCCUCUCUAUUGUAAAAAGAGAUCUACAGAGAAGACAUCCGUAGUCUCUAUUGUAAACAGAGAUCUACAGAGAAGACAUCCUUAGUCUCUAUUGUAAAAAGAUCUACAGACAUCAUCCGUAGUCCCUCUCUAUUGUAAAAAGAGAUCUACAGAGAAGACAUCCGUAGUCUCUAUUGUAAACAGAGAUCUACAGAGAAGACAUCCUUAGUCUCUAUUGUAAAAAGAUCUACAGACAUCAUCCGUAGUCCCUCUCUAUUGUAAAAAGAGAUCUACAGAGAAGACAUCCGUAGUCCCUCUCUAUUGUAAAAAGAGAUCUACAGAGAUGACAUACAUGAUUUCAACAUCUCCUCCUUUCUCUCUGCUGUAAAGGUCACAGCUACAACUGGGGAAGUCCUUCUACUGGCCACUAGGGAAGAGAACUGCUCAGCCUCCAAUCAGCCUGGCUCAGAGAGGCUGUCUGUCACUUACAGACUGGAGCUACUGUAAACAGGUCAUGCUGCUCUGGACUAGUGGAGACACUGAACACUAUGAGGUGAGAGCAAAUACCUUUACCUAGCCUUUCUGCUAGGGUUAUUCUGACCUGGUGGAGUGGAGCAUGGGAAAAAGCAAGUGAGAAGGAAGAUUUAGAGAAAGAGAGAGGUAUUGAAAAGGAGAGGAAGGGUAAAGAGAGGGAGAAGGUUGAAGAAAGAGAGCAAAAGAAGGAGAGCGAGCUCACCUGGAGGACAGGUAAAGGAAUAGCUAAGAUCAUAUUGAAGAGGAGUGUGACCGUGUGGAAGACUUCCUAGCACCGGAGAGACAUAUCUGCGAGAUGACAUAUCUGCUGGGAGCCCACAGUAAAUAAUAAUGGAGCCACAGAGAGACAAUUCCAUACCUAUCUCCUCACUGUAACAUAGCGAGACAGCCACUAAACCAACAAAAUGGAUGUAGAGGACCUCCAGAUCCAAAACUCAACAUUUGAUGGCAACACAUCAGACAUUCAGCCUGUCCCACACAACCUAUGGGAGGUCAUCACCAUAGCGACCAUAUCGGCCAUCGUCAGCCUUAUAACAGUCGUAGGCAAUGUUCUGGUGAUGCUGUCGUUCAAGGUCAACAGUCAACUAAAGACAGUCAACAACUACUACCUUCUCAGCUUAGCCUUCGCUGACCUCAUAAUAGGAGCCCUGUCCAUGAACUUAUACACCUCAUACAUUCUAAUGGGCUAUUGGUCCUUAGGGAACCUAGCCUGUGACCUCUGGUUAGCCCUGGAUUAUGUGGCCAGCAAUGCCUCCGUUAUGAACUUGUUAGUCAUCAGUUUCGACAGAUACUUCUCCAUCACAAGGCCGCUGACCUAUAGAGCCAAGAGGACGCCGAAGAGAGCGGCUAUUAUGAUUGGCUUAGCGUGGUUGGUGUCGUUUGUCCUCUGGGCGCCGCCUAUCCUGUGCUGGCAGUACUUUGCGGGAGAGAGGACGGUCCCGGCAGACCAGUGCCAGAUCCAGUUCUUCUCCGAGCCGGUGAUCACGUUCGGCACGGCCAUCGCAGCGUUCUACAUCCCCGUCUCCAUCAUGACCCUCCUUUACAGUAGGAUCUACAAGGAGACAGAGAAACGCACCAAGGACCUGGCUGAGCUGCAGGGUCUCACCACAUCUGGUCACCCAGAGACUGUUAAUAAACCCCAGAAAACAGUUCUGUUACAGUCCUGUUUUGGCUCCAGUAACGACAGGAGGGACAGGAGGAACCAGGCCUCAUGGUCCUCGUCCAACCAGAGCAACGUUACCAAGACCACGACCCGGUCGGACAAGCUGGCCUGGGCCCAUGCUGACCAGAUCACCUCCUUUAACAGCUACACCUCGUCCGAGGAGGAGGAGACUCACCAUCCUGUUUCCGCGGCAACCUCUCAGGGGACAAUCAAAGGUCAAGUUCAAAGUCAGACAGAGAAAGGACAGACAGCCGCCGAUUACGGUGAUAAUGAAGAAGGCGAGUAUUUCCAGACCGCCACUCCACCGCUGAAAAAACUCAGCAAGAAGGGAAUCUCUUACAAGUUCAAAUUGGUCUCGAAGGAUACCAGCAGCCCUCCUCAGAAUGACAAAAUCACCAACAACACAGACCUCAAAACAGCUCCUCCACGUCCCUCUGAGUCUGACCAGAUAGGUCAGAACCACCACCAGAACUCCUCUCCAUCAUCCCCCACCACCACCACCACCCCCAAGCCCAUGGACCCGUCCCUGAAGAGCCAGAUCACCAAGAGGAAGAGGAUGGUCCUCAUCAAGGAGAAGAAAGCUGCUCAGACCCUCAGUGCCAUCCUCCUGGCCUUCAUCCUAACAUGGACGCCGUACAACAUCAUGGUGCUCAUCUCCACCUUCUGUUCUGACUGCAUCCCUGUGUCUCUCUGGCACCUGGGCUACUGGCUCUGCUAUGUCAACAGCACCAUCAACCCCAUGUGUUACGCGUUGUGUAAUAAGACUUUUCAGAAGACCUUUAAGAUGCUGUUGAUGUGUCAGUGGAGGAAGAAGAGAGGGGAGGAUAAGCUGUACUGGUGCGGACAGAACCCGGCCAUCAACAGCAAGAUGACAUGAUGUGGUGCAGCAGCAGACCCUUUUAUCUAAAAUAACUUUUUGUACAGCAGAUAUGUUUAGCAAAUGUGGCCCAAAUGGUAUUAAACCCACAACAACAACAAAAAAACAAAACGUGCAGAACUGAGUUUGGGAAACGUGAUGUACAUAUUGAAUAUACCACACAUUGCUGCAACUGUACUGUAGGGAUAGCAAUGGAAGUGUGCUAGCUCAAAUCACAGUAACUAGUGGUCAUAGAUAUAUCUGUGAGGAUGAGUAAUGCUGUAUACUGUUGCACCAUCACACACCUCUUCAUGUCAAAUGUUUCCUAUAUAAGCUAAUGUGCCUUUGUUAGUCAGAAGGUCUGGUGAUGAAGACUUGUAAUUGUGAAUGGAUCGGUGUUGACCUCGCUACUGUAUUGUGAAUGGAUCGGUGAUGACCUUGCUACUGUAUUGUGAAUGGAUCGGUGUUGACCUUGCUACUGUAUUGUGAAUGGAUCGGUGUUGACCUUGCUACUGUAUUGUGAAUGGAUCGGUGUUGACCUUGCUACUGUAUUGUGAAUGGAUCGGUGUUGACCUUGCUACUGUAUUGUGUGCUGCUUGUGUACCUUUGAUCUGAUCAGUGAAAUAAUCCCAAUUGAAAAGUAUCAUGAGAGAUCCUCUGAAUGCUCUUUUGUUAACACAACCUUUAUAUUACAACUGCUUCGGGGAUGGGCACCAGACCACC